CAAGUUGCCAGGCGCUUCCAUCGUUUCGCGCCAGUCCUUGUAGUCACGUGUGCGGGAUUAGCUAAUCACGUUUCAGCUCCUCCUCCCGCCGACCGUUUAGUUGCGCAGUCAGGCCGCACAUCCCCGGGGUCGGCUUUACUUCCUGGAAAGGAUCCUGUUGUGUAUUUCCCAUCCAUACAGACUGCGACAAUGCGUCCCAUGCGCAUCUUCCUGAACGAUGAUCGCCAUGUCAUGGCAAAGCACUCUGUGGUGUAUCCAACCCAAGAGGAGCUGGAGGCUGUGCAGAACAUGGUGUCUCACACAGAGCGGGCACUGAAGGCGGUGUCAGACUGGAUUGACCAGCAAGAAAAGGUUAACACUGGAGAAACUGUCCAGCCAGAAGCUGAUAUUGCAGAUGACACUACAGAAGAGGGCAAGGAAAGCACUGCUGACUCCAAAUCUGGCGAGAACUCUACAAGGACUCUUCGUGGUGUUAUGAGGGUUGGACUUGUUGCCAAAGGGCUUCUCUUGAAGGGGGAUCUUGAUCUGGAACUGGUUCUUUUGUGCAAGGACAAGCCCACAAUCUCUCUCCUGAAGAAAGUCUCCGACAACCUUGUUGUUCAAUUUGCUUCUGUUUCGGAGGAGAAGUACGACGUGUUGCCCAAUAUCCGAGAAGCUUCAAUAGUCAUCAAGAACACCAAGGAGCCACAGCUGACUCUUAACAUCCGCUUGACAUCGACUCUGGUCCGCGAGGAGGUGGAGAAGUUGAACGCCGGAGAAACGCUAUCAAUCAGCGAUCCUCCGGACGUUCUGGACAGGCAGAAAUGCCUUGCUGCAUUGGCGUCACUCCGACACGCCAAGUGGUUCCAGGCUAGGGCAAAUGGGCUUAAAUCCUGCGUUAUUGUUAUCCGUGUGCUGAGAGACUUGUGCACCCGUGUGCCGACCUGGGAACCUUUAAGAGGAUGGCCUCUUGAAUUGCUUUGCGAGAAGGCUAUUGGAACAGCCAACCGACCCAUGGCAGCAGGGGAAGCCUUCAGGAGAGUCCUUGAAUGCCUUAGCUCUGGAAUUUUAAUGCCAGAUGGUCCUGGUUUACAUGAUCCCUGUGAAAAAGAUGCUACAGAUGCUCUCGGACACCUAGAAAGACAGCAACGUGAGGAUAUAACCCACAGUGCUCAGCACGCUCUUAGGCUUGCAGCCUUUGGGCAACUGCACAAAGUUCUGGGGAUGGACUGUCUACCCAAUAAGUUGGCUAAAAGGACAAAGCCAGAGCCUUCCAUUGACUAUACAGUCCAGAUUCCUCCCAGCACCACCUAUGUUAUACCAGCCCUGAAACGACCAAUGGAGGAGGACGGAGAUGACAAAUCGCCAAGUAAGAAGAAAAAGAAGAUUCAGAAGAAAGAUGAGAAGAGCGAACCUCCUCAAGCAAUGAAUGCCCUGAUGAGGCUAAACCAGCUGAAACCUGGUCUCCAGUACAAACUCCUCUCCCAGACAGGACCUGUCCACGCCCCCGUCUUCACAAUGUCUGUGGAGGUGGAUGAGAAGACCUUUGAGGCAUCUGGUCCUUCCAAGAAGACUGCCAAGCUACAUGUUGCAGUCAAGGUUUUGCAAGACAUGGGACUUCCUACGGGCAUUGAGGAGAAAGAGGAAGGCACUGAAGAUGCUGAGCAGAAGCCAGUAAUCCAGACUCAAGCUCAAAAUGACUCCGCUCCGGGGGAUAAUGCUUCAGCAGACCAAACGGAGGGUGCUAAACAGCAAGGACCUAUUCUUACGAAGCAUGGAAAGAAUCCCGUCAUGGAGCUUAAUGAGAAGAGGCGUGGACUGAAAUAUGAGCUUAUAUCUGAAUCAGGUGGCAGCCACGACAAGAGAUUUGUUAUGGAGGUUGAAGUAGAUAAUGUGAAAUUCCAAGGAUCUGGUUCGAACAAGAAGGUUGCAAAGGCCUAUGCUGCUCUGGCUGCUUUAGAUAAACUUUUUCCUGAUUACACAACAUACACAGAAGCUCCCAAGAAGAAGCGACCCCCAAUGAUGCCCAGGGGUGGCCCCAGAGGAGGAAAACAUAACCAAGGCUUUGGGAUGAUGUACAGCGAAGUUCCACCUCCUCAAGGCAUGCGAGGCGGUCGUGGCAGAGGAGGAAUGAAUCGGGGCAGAGGAAGGGGACGUGGAUUUGGAGGCAAUCAUGGUUACGGGAAUUCAGGUGGUUAUGGCGGCUAUGGCGGAAACUACAACUAUCAAACAUCUGCAACAGCUGGCUACAGCCAAUUCUACAGCAAUGGAGGUGGCUCUGGAAAUUCCAGUGGUGGCGGUGCUGGCUCUGGUGGCUACAGCUCAUAUUAUCAAGGGGACGGAUACUCCACACAAGCUGCUCCAAAACCUUUUGUGAAGAAACCACCAGUCCAACAGCAGCAGCCCCCAGUACAGCAGCAGGCCCCAGUGCAGCAGCCCCCAGUACAGCAGCAGCCUGCUGCCCCGCCCAAGCAGUCCUAUAACCAAGGCUAUCAGGCAAACCAGGCACAGCCCCAGCAGAGCUACAACCAGAGCCAGUAUGGAAGCUAUGGACCACCACAGAAGCAGAAGGGAGGUUAUAACCAAGCCGCUCAGGGAACUGGUGGUGGUGGCGCUUAUUCCUCCUAUUCAAACUCUUACAGUGGUGGAGCAGCCUCAGGUUAUACUGGUGGCGAUGGUGCUGGUGGUAGAGGUGGCAAUUCCUACACAGCUCCAAGUGCUGGUGGCUACAAUGCAGGGGCAAGCUAUGGUGCCAACAAUACCUCAUACCAAGGAUAUGCGCAGUCCACUUACAAUCAAGGUGCAGGACAGAACUACACCGCUCCCAGUACUUACCAGCAACCCCCAGCAGGCACCGCAAACUAUGGCAGGAAUGCAGAUCACAGCAUGAAUUACCAGUAUAGAUAGACUCUCACCCCCUAAGCUGCCCCCCUAUCCCCUGUUCUGUGAAGUCUCAACAUGCUUUAUGUAUUUUAAUGCGUUAGUGUUUUCAACUUCAUGUUGCAUAUUGUUUUUUUUGUUCCUGUUUUAUAAGUGAAGAUUUUAUUUUAAGACGUGUCAAAAAGGGUUUUUGGUAUGUCUCGUUUCAUUCAGGCGUUUAUCUGGAGUGAGCCGAAACAUGAUUAAAAUAAAAAAAUAAAAAACUUAA